CACUUGCGUUUGCAGCACGGCUGCUCUGCACCUACUGACAUAGGUUCGCUGGCAGAGAUUGGCGAUCGAGCGCAUGCCGGCCGUAUAUAAAAGUGUUUUUCCCACCGCCAUCCCCACCCCACGCACGUUUACCGUCCUUUGGCAAAUCAGGUCUGUCAUCCAUCCACCACAACGGUAUAUUCGGACGGCCUCCGGCAACUUUGCAAGAACAUGGAGUGGUGCAGCGACCCAGAGAAACUGGGUCCGGUUUCAGAACUCAGGCCCGCUGACUUCAGCGCCUGCUUCCACGACUACAUCCUUACAUUGUCGCCACUUGCGCUUGCGGCGCUAUGUGUUGUCUUCGGCCUCUUUCGCACUGCAAAGUCAAACAACAGUGACGCCGGCAAGACCAGACCAUCACGACUUGGGACGGCCCUGAUGGCGUUGAGCGCCGCUGCCGCCUUGGCUUGUUCCGUCGUUCUACUGAUUAACCCAUCUGGAGCAUCCACCGUGGCCGCUCUUGCCAUUACCAUCCUCGUCUCAAUCGUACUGGUUGCCCAGUUGAUCGAUUUCUCUCGUUCCCGCCCCGCCCGCGUCUCCAUUGUCUGCUUCUGGAUAUGGCUUGCCUUCGCCACCAUCGCCAAAUUGAGAUCCCUGGCGCUCGCUGAUCUCACUUCCUCGAGUCACUUUACCUGGAACCUUGGCGUGUUGAUUUCCUCGGUACUCUGGUUGCUAUUCGAGGAACUUUUGAGUAGAAAAACCGCCGAUGGCGAAGACGCAAACCCACUGGAUCGAGCAGGAUUGCUCACAUACUUGACCUUCGGAUUCAUUUGGUCCAAGCUCCGCGACAGCCACAAGUACAAGCUCGCUCAAGACGACGUGUGGAGAAUUCCGUAUGAGGAAUCGACCAUCCGAGGUCAUGACAGGCUGACGGCUGCCCUCUCGGUUUCCGCAACGUCUGGCAAGGGGAAGCUGACCAAUGUCAGCUUCUGUCUGGCCUUGAUCAAGUCUCAGCUUCCCAUGGUCAUCGGAGCGAUAGGCCUCAAGGUCCUCGCCUCGAUUCUGAUCCUUGUUCAACCCCUCUUGCUUGAUACCCUCAUCAAUUACGUAUCUUCACACAACACCGACCCUACCGCUGGUGCCGUCACGACCCCACAGCCUCGCUCCACCGGAUUCCUCAUUGCGAUUGGAAUGCUCCUCCUAGGUCUGGUCGCAGCGAUCAUGAACGUCUGGGGCAGUCAAUUGUCUUGGCUCCUGUACUACAGAUGGAAAAUUUCCACCGCCAGUCUGGCCUUCCGCAAGAGUCUUCGAUUGUCGCCAAGCUCGCGCGUCGAGAACAAUACCGGAAACGUUUCCAAUCUGCUCUCCAAUGAUGCUAUGGAAGUCGGCUUUUUGGCAGCCAACAUCCCGGAAAUUGUGGCCGCGGUCAUUCAAGUCGUCUUUGGCAUUGCCCUCAUCUGGGUUCAGCUCGGCCUCUCUACCCUCUCGGUCAUUGGCUUCAUCAUCCUUCUUGGCCCAUUGCAAGUCUGGAACGCGAACUUUAUCGAAAAGUGGAGUGAUUUGCAGUUUGAGGUCAUGGACACUCGCCUGAGUCUGACCACCGAAAUCGUCAACGGCAUGAAGAUCAUCAAAAUGUACGCAUGGGAAUCAUUCUUCGCACAGAAGUUGCAAGCCUUUCGCAAAACAGAGUUGCACCACCUAUACAUUCGCCGUAUCGGUGAAAUCUUCGGUGUUUUGCUCGGCAAUUUGCCCCCCGUCAUCAUGUUCGUCGCCGCUCUUGGCAUCUCCACUGCGGUCGAAAAGAAGCCCCUCGACGUCAACAACAUCUUCGUGUCGCUAGCGUUGUUCAACUUGCUCAAGGGUCCGCUCGUAGAGCUCUCAAUGUCUCUGCCCGGCGUCGCCGUCUCGUGGGCUUGCGUCAAGCGCGUCGUCGUGUUUUUGAACGAAGGAGAAAUUGAUGAUUACGUCGACAGAAACAGCGGCAAACCAGGGUCGAUUCAUAUCAAGGCCGGUCGCUUCACUUGGGGCGCGCCGGAGAAGGAUGCCGAAGAUGAAGGAGAAGCUGCAUCAAGCAAGGACGACCAAGCCAAGGGUACCGCUGUGGCUAACCUGAUCGAUAUCAGCGUCGACGUUGCUCCUGGGGAGUUUAUCGGUCUCGCUGGAAGUGUUGGAUCCGGAAAAUCGUCCCUUCUGUGCGCUCUGCUGGGCCAGAUGGAGAAGAUCGUAGGCAACAUUGCCGUCAACGGAUCGGUGGUGUACGUGUCUCAAAAGCCUUGGAUCUUCCAGGGAACCGUCCGUGAGAACAUCCUCAUCGGUCGUCCCUACGAAGCGGAGCACUACCGUCGCGUCGUCGAAGCGUGCGCCCUUGCCCGGGAUCUGGACCAUAUGACCGCGGGUGACCAGACCGAGAUCGGUGAGCGCGGAGUCAAUCUUUCCGGGGGCCAACGUGCGCGUGUGAGUCUCGCUCGUGCAUUGUACGGCCACGACGCCGAUAUCUACCUCUUCGAUGAUGUCCUCUCCGCCGUCGACCGUCAUGUCGCCAAACACAUCUUUGAAAACGUCCUGGGCUCCAAGGGCAUCCUGGCUAAUAAGACCCGCGUCCUCGCCACCCACGCCGUUCACUUCCUCGAUGGUGCCGAUCGGACUUUGGUCAUGAAAGACGGUUCCAUCAUCGCGUCCGGCUCUUACGAGGACCUUUUGGCCGACAACAUGAUUUCAGAAGCGUCCAUGGAAGUGAAUUCUGUCUCGGAAAGCGACAACGACAAUGAAACUUUGGAUCCUCGCCGCGCAGCGAAGGGCGACUCCAACGCCGGUCUUGGUUCUGAAGAGGACGAGCAGGAAAGCAUCGCCAACGUCGAUCGCAUUGACGGAGAGAAGGCGAAGAUGAUCGAAGAGGAAGAGACCGAGAGUGGCAAAGUUAGCUGGGGCGUCGUCAUGAUGUACUUCCGCGCAUGCUCGUUCGCCCUCCUCGCCGCCUUUUUCCUUGGUCUCGUCGUCUCAGAAGGUGUCAACUUGGGCUCCCGAUACUGGCUGCUCUACUGGAACGACAACCCCAGCUCGCACAGUCUCGCCUUUUACUUUUCCAUCUACGCCACGUGGGUCGUCGGCUACGUCAUCCUCUACCCCUGGGCCGGCGCAUUGUUCCUCUGCUUCAUGGGCGUCCGCGCUGGUCGCGUGCUCCACGAGGAUCUCCUCGCGCGGAUCUUGAAGAUGCCAUGGACGUUCUACUCGGUGACGCCCGUCGGUCGUAUCAUGACGCGCUUCAGCAACAACCUCGCCGCCGUCGAUUGUGGGCUCCCAGAUGCCUUCUACGACAUGAUCUUUGCUCUCGCCAACGUCGUCGUCAACUUGCUUCCCACCGUCAUCAGCAUGCCAACCUUCCUCAUCGUCAUCCUCGUCGCGGGUAUUCUGUGCUACGCUCUCAUGUACCUGUACAUCCCCGCCUCGGUCGCCUACCUUCGCAUCAAGUCCAACUGUGACGCGUUCAUUUGGUCGCACGUCGAUGAGACGCUCAACGGGCUCGACAGCGUCACGGCCUACAGGUUGGACGUGAUUGCUGCCGAGAGGAACGCGUUCGUCAUGGACAACCAGCAGGCCGCCCUGAUCAUGUUCUACUGGGCCAAUAGGUGGUUCUCCCUGUGGAUUACCAUCGUCUCCACCCUCGUCGUCUUUGCCAGCGCCAUCUUUGCCGUGCUCUCCGUCGAGUCGAUGUCUCCGUCGGUCGUCGCUCUCGCCGUGUCGACCAUCUUGGCUAUCAUGCAGGAGGUCGCCAUCAUGAUGACGAAGCUCGGGUACCUGCAGACGCAACUGGUGGACGCCGAGCGUCUCAAGCAGUACCUGGACCUUCCCAUCGAACAAGACGUUCCUGCCGAUGCUCAAAGAGUUCUCCCGCAAAGCUGGCCGCAGAACGGUCGCAUCGAAUUCAAGAACGUCAACAUGCGGUACCGCUCCGGCCUGGACCUCGUCCUUAAGCGCCUGUCCUUCACCAUCGAGGCCGGCCAGAAGGUCGGCAUCGUCGGGCGCACGGGGGCGGGCAAGUCGUCCCUGGCUCUGGCCCUGAUGCGAUUGGUCGACAUCUGCCCUCCUUCAAGCACCAGCAAGUUCGAUGAGGAACGCGGCGAUGAGGCGGCGCUCGAGGGCGGCUCCAUCACCAUCGACGGCGUCGACAUCGCCACGGUCCCGCUGGCGACGCUCCGCCAACGGCUGUCCAUCAUCCCGCAGGAGGCGUUCCUGUUCACGGGCACGGUGCGGGAGAACCUCGACCCCUUUGGCAACUCGACCGACCACGCCAUCUGGGCCGCGCUAGACAAGGUCGGCUUGAAACCGUUCGUGCAAGGCCUCAGCGACGCCGCCGCCGAGAAUUCCAACGCCCCCGCCUCGGGCACGGGCCUAGACGCCGCGGUGACGGAAUCCGGCAGCAACUUCUCGGUCGGGCAGAAGCAGCUGCUGUGCGUGGCGCGGGCCAUCCUGCGCGACUCCCGCGUCAUCGUCCUAGACGAAGCCACCGCGUCGGUCGACAAUAAUGCUGACGCCGCCGUGCAAAGGGCCAUCGCCACGCAGUUUGCAGGUCGCACCGUCAUCACCAUCGCCCAUCGUGUCAACACCCUCAUGUCAUACGACCGCAUCAUCGUCAUGGACGCUGGACGCGUCGUGGAGUCCGAUUCCCCCGCUGCCUUGUUGGCGAACCCGGCCUCCUUGUUCUACGCGUUGGUCCAUGAGGCCGGGACCGUCGAUGCUUAGGACGUGAGCAAUCAUCGCCUAGGACAUCACUUCUUCCCAUCUUAGUCAACCUUAGUGUACAAUUCUUUAGCUUUAUAUUAUUCACUCAUGACAUUCGUUCUCCCCAUGCAUGCCAAUGCUCCCCGCUUUAUAUUAUUCACUCACAUAGCAUUUCGUUCUUUCCGACCUGCCAAUGCGGGCGUAAUCUUUA